AGCCAAACGCCGGUCCGCUCCCGCCUGUCUGUCACCCUCAGUCCAAGAGGCCCCAAGUUUCUAGUUGACCGUCUGGGCCUCCGGAUAAAGUUACGCAAAAACUCCCAUUGACUGUAAAGGGGGAAGGCGGGUCUGAGCUCUUGUCCUGUGCCGGCCGAGGGGAGUUUCCAAACUUUGCAGCCAGCGAGCUCGGGUUCCCUUUCCAGAUCCCUCAUUUCCUCCCUCACCCAUCCCGGCGCUCCAGCCUGCUGCCCGCCUGCCCUGUGGGCUCGCCUUGCCUGCCAAGGGAGAGAAGAAACGAGACAAGAAGGGAAGGAACGAGCUCGCGCAGCCCAGAGAUGGGGGUAAUCCCUACUGCAGCGCGAGGUCCCUUGAGGGCGAGCUUCCCCAUUCCUCCACACUCUGGGCUUUGAGCACCCUCCAUUAGCACCGGCCCAACCCAGGUAGGCAGGAUGGCCAAGGAGAAACCGCUGUGGAGGUGCUGUGCCUUCCGCCUGUGCUUGCUCUCCGCUGCGCUACUCUUCUGCCUGCAGCUCACCCUGGAGCUGAGGCGCUCCUGGUCCUCAAGGGACGGCGAGGGGCAGGUCGGACGUCCCUCCAGUAGCUCCCCGCCGGGCUGGGCAGAUGCCCCUGCACUGCAGCAGCUGCUGCCAGGAGUGCACCCGCCUCCUGGGGUGCACCUGCCACCGGGACACUCCAGGCCCCCAGCUGCCAGCAGGAGGCAGGUGACCUACUUAAGGAGCAGCCGUCGAGGGGAGGCGGAACUGGGCAACAGCCCCCCAGGAGAGAGCAGCCACAGAAAGAUCCGUUGGCAUAUUGAUCUCCAGCCCUGGGCAAGUCCAACUCAGUCCCUGAAUGAAGAAGCUAUGAGGUUCCUGAACUAUAUCAGCACUACUCAGAUUUCAUGCAACCACUUGGUCCCAAGUGGCCUGACAAGUGAUUCUGAAAGCACAAAGAAGCCUUGGUCCAUCUGUCUUGAUGAGAAGUUCAGUUUGUUUCAUCAAAUCCAAAACAAGAGAUGCCGUCUUUACUCUUUGGGACUGGGAAAUGAAGAUACUCAUUUUGAAUUGAGCAUGGCCAGUGGUGGAUGUGAAGUACACCGUUUUGAUCCUAGCAUUAAAUCAGCUCACGUGCAGGAGAGUCAACAUCUUUGGUUUCAUCGUCUAUCCAUUGAUUGGAGAGAUCCCCAUCCAGCCAUUGCUGUCCACAAACUGCAGAGUAACACGAAAAAACUGGGAACCAUCUUGAAUGAAUUUGGACACAAUAAGAUUGAUGUCCUCAAGGCUGAUCUGGAAAGUGCUGAAUGGAAAAUUUUGGAAAACUUGAUCCUGGAAGGUGUUCUUGAACAGAUUGGACAGCUGGUGUUUGAGAUCCACCUCCACUGGCCUGGGUUUGAGAUUGGUGGCAGUGACAGCUCUGUGGUACGCUUCUGGUACAGUCUCCUCAAAGAGUUAGAACUGCAGGAUUUCAAGCUCUUUCACACUUACAAAGACCUAUCCAAACCACAGCUAUUCCUAAAGAAAGAACUUUUCAAUGCAAGUAGCUGUUAUAUUCUCAGCUGGGUGAACAUGAGGUGGAAGUGAAAUGUGAAGUGGGUUCAUGAGUAUAAUUGAGUUGUUUAUG